ACAACAACUGUUUCUUCUUCUUCUUCUUCUUCAACAACAACUGUUUCUUCUUCUUCAACAACAACUGUUUCUUCUUUUUCAACAACAACUGUUUCUUCUUCUUCUUCAACAACAACAACUGUUGUUUCUUCUUCUUCAACAACAACAACUGUUGUUUCUUCUUCUUCAACAACAACAACCGUUUCUUCUUCUUCUUCUUCUUCUUCUUCUUCAACAACAACAACUGUUUCUUCUUCUUCUUCAACAACAACAACUGUUUCUUCUUCUUCUUCAACAACAACUGUUUCUUCUUCUUCUUCUUCUUCUUCUUCAACAACAACAACAACUGUUUCUUCUUCUUCUUCUUCUUCUUCUUCUUCUUCUUCAACAACAACAACAACAACAACAACAACUGUUUCUUCUUCUUCUUCUUCUUCUUCUUCUUCAACAACAACAACUGUUUCUUCUUCUUCUUCUUCUUCAACAACAACAACUGUUUCUUCUUCUUCUUCUUCAACAACAACAACUGUUUCUUCUUCUUCUUCUUCUUAUUCUUCUUCAACAACAACAACAACUGUUUCUUCUUCUUCUUCUUCUUCAACAACAACUGUUUCUUCUUCUUCUUCUUCUUCUUCAACAACAACAACAACUGUUUCUUCUUCUUCUUCUUCUUCUUCUUCUUCUUCUUCAACAACAACUGUUUCUUCUUCUUCUUCUUCUUCUUCAACAACAACAACUGUUUCUUCUUCUUCUUCUUCUUCUUCUUCUUCUUCUUCUUCUUCUUCAACAACAACAACUGUUUCUUCUUCUUCUUCUUCUUCUUCUUCAACAACAACAACUGUUUCUUCUUCUUCUUCUUCUUCUUCAACAACAACAACUGUUUCUUCUUCUUCUUCUUCUUCUUCUUCAACAACAACAACAACAACAACAACAACUGUUUCUUCUUCUUCUUCUUCUUCAACAACAACAACAACUGUUUCUUCUUCUUCUUCUUCAACAACAACAACAACAACUGUUUCUUCUUCUUCUUCUUCUUCUUCUUCUUCAACAACAACAACUGUUUCUUCUUCUUCUUCUUCUUCUUCAACAACAACAACUGUUUCUUCUUCUUCUUCUUCUUCAACAACAACAACUGUUUCUUCUUCUUCUUCUUCUUCUUCAACAACAACAACUGUUUCUUCUUCUUCUUCUUCAACAACAACAACAACAACUGUUUCUUCUUCUUCAACAACAACAACAACAACAACUGUUUCUUCUUCUUCUUCUUCUUCUUCAACAACAACAACAACUGUUUCUUCUUCUUCUUCUUCUUCUUCUUCUUCUUCAACAACA